GUUUGAAAACCCCUUUCCCAAUCUGUUGUUGUCGUCUUCUUAUAAUCACCACUCGCGAUGUGUUCUCCAGUUCUCCACUACCCACCGACUCCAAGAGAGCGAGGCCCUCGCCGGUGUCUGGCCGAAAUCUGACGCCGAUCUCGCCUCUGAGGAGAAAAUGUCAUCCGGCAGUCGGUAUAUGGCUUACUCACCGUCUCCUUCUACUGCGCCUCACUCCCCUCACAUACAUGGCAUCCGCUCGGCUACCAACGUUAUUGUCGAGCAAGAGAAGUAUCUCUCCGAGUUACUGGCAGAGCGUCACAAGCUCAGCCCCUUUAUGCAGGUGCUGCCUCAGAGUUACCAGUUGUUGAAUCAGGAAAUAUUGCGUGUAACCACUCUGUUGGAGAAUGCAUCACUUUUAGAUCAAAGUGGGCUUGAACAUGCUAGUCCUCUGACAUCUGGAGGAAUAUUUUCAAAUGGAGGAAGAGCCGAUAUGAAUGGAUGGGCCUCACCAAUUCAAUCAGAAAGGCUAGGAUUCUUACAGUCCUCAUCCUCACAGAGUUGGCUUGGAUCACAGGGUAGCUCUUCAGGUCUUAUUGUCAAGAAAACGAUCCGAGUGGACAUUCCUGUCGAUAAUUACCCUAAUUACAACUUUGUUGGCCGCCUCCUUGGUCCUCGAGGCAACUCUCUUAAACGUGUGGAGGCAGGUACUGAAUGUCGUGUCCUGAUCAGAGGGCGUGGCAGCAUCAAGGAUCCAACUCGGGAAGAAAUGAUGAGAGGAAAACCGGGAUACGAGCACUUGAAUGAACCUCUCCAUAUACUUGUGGAGGCGGAGUUGCCUUUGGAAAUAGUUGAUGCCCGCUUGAUGCAAGCUCGUGAGAUUCUUGAAGAUUUGCUCAAGCCUGUGGAUGAAUCUCAAGAUUUCUUUAAAAAGCAGCAGCUCCAAGAGCUAGCAAUUCUCAAUGGUACACUGCGUGAGGAAGGAUCACAUUUCUCUGUUUCUGUUUCCCCGUUCCAUAAUAGCCUUGGAAUGAAGAGGGCCAAGACCAGGGGAUAACUCGAAAUUCUCUCUUCUAUGCCAUUUACAGUCUGUGUCAUUUUUAGGUUGGGCCAGCUCAUCACGCUGUGGUGUCAGUGUGCUGGCAUAUGCAUUCAGUUAAUUCAGGGCAUUGGCAUUGAUUUGUGUUGGUUUCAACUGUUUCCAUAUGAUAGUGUUUAUCUCAAAUUUGGAUGGGAGGUUUGAUGAUACUACUGGCUGUGUAGGGGGCAAUUUUUGGUUGAGGACUAGCUCUUUAUCUUGAUUUCACAAAUUUGGCUAGGAUCUCACCGAGUGCUUCUUCUAUAUUGUUGCUAUUUAUUGCAAGCUUGUCAUGACAGUUUUGCUUCAGUGGUGGGUGUAGUUGUAAAGUAAGGAAAAUGUUUGAUUUGUAUACAAAAUGUGAGACAAAA